AUGACAUACUUUGGAGUUACAUUUCUGGGCGAGCUACCUAUGAACUUUACCUCUCUUGUCUAUGCAAAACCAGUCAUCGUCAACUCUGGAAAGCUAGAACCGCUAAUAUUGAAAAGGUAUAUGCAACAACGUCAGCCAGAAGCUCUUCUUCUUCGAGAAUUCGAUGAAAUCAUCCUCGUCCGUCUCCCCAUCUGCAUUGAGGCUUACCUAAACGAGCUACUCUCUCACAGGAUCAUCAAAUAG